CCAUCUCGCUCUUUUCUCAUCCUCUCGCAUACUCCCUCUCCUCCCUCAACUCUCCGCCUCGCCUCACCUCGCCUCGCCUAAGCCUGAGCCUGGGCUCUGUCUGUGCGGCAGACCCGGCCAUGGACGAACUGCCGCUCUACCCGCUCCAUGCCCCGCUGCUCGACCGCCCACAGACGGCCGCAAGCGACAGUGUGGCAGCGGCAGCAGCGGAUCUGGCGGCGCUGGCAAAUGCCCGAUCGGCCGCGGCUGCAGCUCGUCCUCCGGUACCGUCACCGGUACCGUCACCGGAGCGAGGACCGCCAUCGCUUCCGCGGCACAACGUGCCGCUCGACAAUGGCAUCCUUCAGGUGCUUGCGGCCGAAGACGCCGCAUGGGAGGUAGUUACCCAACUGCAGGCUGCUGCUUCGCCGGAAGAUGCGCUGGACACGGCCAUCGCUCGCCGCGGCGUCGACAUCCCUUCCGGCUCACCGCCGAGGCGCCGCUCUCCCGGCACUCGUCGACGUCGAUCGCGUUCGUCGCAGCGUAGGCUGACCGAGCGGUAUGUGGCGGCAGUCGAGCUGCUGGUCGACUCGGUUCGCGGUCUCGUAGUCCGCAAGCGCAAGGUUCGGCCAGGCGGAAGCUCGCCAUGUCGGCCAGCGCCACGCCGCUCGCCGCCGUUUGAGUGGGACGCCCAUCGCAACGACGACCUCCCGCCUCUUCCCGGUGCAGGCGAGCCGCUCCCGCCUCCACCGGCCGAGCCUACGCUCCCAUUGCCUGCUCCUCUUGUCGAGCCCUCGUCGGACCACACUGCUGUGGCUGACGACCUCACAGUUCCUGCGUUUACCCGUGCUCGCGAUCCGCCUCUCGCGGACCCGCACAUGGCCAUCUACUACCGACCCGUCGACGUCCCUGGCGAUUGA